AGCGAAGUCCUUAAACCCUACCAAGGACAAAGCUACGGUGAUUGACGAAAACAGGGCAGAACAAAAAAGUGAGUGAUGGCGUGCAAUUCGGCGACGUGCAAUUCGUCCGGUUGCUACAAAGAGUACGAGGUUGAGGAGGAACAGCGACAACCAACGACAAGAGGAGGAAUAAAUGGAAGCGCCACCACUCACCAAAAUCUGUGCGUGAAGUGCAAGUCCAACGAACCCGUUUGCUGCGGCAUCGGUGGGGAUGAUGCCAGAUUUUGCAAGGAUUGCUUUAAGACCAAUUUGUACGGAAAGUUCAAGCAGGCUGUUAGUUAUAACGCUAUGAUUACUCCUUCAGACAAAGUUCUCGUCGCUUUCUCUGGUGGCCCUUCCUCCAGGGUGGUUUUGCAAUUUGUACAUGAGAUACAAUGUAGAGCACAGACGAAUUUUGAUGCAAGUAAAGAUAGGUCAUUGCCAGUUUUUGGUGUUGGAGUUGCAUUUAUUGAUGAAAGUUCUAUUCAUUCAUUUGCUUCUCAAGACGCUGAGAAGGCAAUUGAGGAUAUUAGAUCAAUUGUGUCGAAUUUAGCCCCACCGGAAAAGGAGUUGUAUGUUGUUCCAAUUGAGAAUAUUUUCUCUUCAGAUAAUAUUGAUGGUAAGGAGAGAAUGAAGAAGUUAUUAGAUGCUGUCAGUGAUGUUACUGGGAAAGAAGAUCUUCUCAUACAUCUGCGGAUGUUGUCCUUGCAAAGGGUUGCUUCUCAAAAUAGGUACACUAGAGUUGUGCUAGGAUCGUGCACAUCAAGGAUUGCUUGCCAUGUCAUUUCUGCCACGGUGAAGGGUCAGGGCUAUUCGUUAUCUGCAGACAUACAGUACGUUGAUUCAAGAUGGCAGGUCCCUGUUGUGCUUCCUCUCCGUGAUUGUCCUGCACAAGAGCUCAACACCCUUUGCAGCCUUGAUGGACUCAAGAUAGUGGAGUUGCUUAAUGGUCCAUGCUCCAGUAUCAAUGGCUUGGUAUCAUCAUUUGUUAAAGUACUGCAGGAAGAAAAUCCUUCUCGAGAGUGCACGAUUGUACGAACAGCUGGAAAGCUCACUCCAUUUCACUUUAAUAGGAUUCCAGAUAUCCAUGACUCUAGUGUUCCGUUGGCAACUCGUAGACGUCAAAAGAGACAUAGUAUCAAGCCUAAUGGAUCUCUCUCUUCAGAGUCAUUUUGUCCUAUUUGCAAUAGUCCACUCAAUAAAUCAAACUUCUCAUCAAGUUUGAGAAGUCUUCAAAGUAACGAAAAUUCAGAUAUUUUUGCUGCUGCUGCUUGUUCAAGUUGCCAGUUUCAGAUAAUUCCUAAAGAACCCUCAUUGAUGGAGCAAUUUGUUUCCCUCCUACCCCAGCCUUUGAUUACCAGAGCAAAGCAUGGUGAUCGAGGGGAUUUUAGUUUGUUAAGGGAGCAAAUACAAGAAUUUUUGCUUUCAGAUGGCGAGGAUGAAAUCUAAAUCAGGCCUGCCCGUCCACAGUGUAGUCACCAUCUUUUUUCAGAAGUUCUUCACUACCGGUGUUUGGAUUACUGCUGCUAUUUGAAUGGGAAUGGCUAGGCAGUCCCACGGGGAUACAGCCUUUGCUGGCAAGAACCACCAACUAAGACUACUUGCCAGUUAACGGCAUUAGGUACAUGCCUUUCAUAUUUCAUUUGUGAUGUGAAAUAUGUAUGCAAGGACUAGGCCUGCAUCAUUGUUUGAUGUGUUGAGGAUAAUAAUUAUUAUUAUGCAUUAUUCAUUUUUUCAAGUAUUGACUAAAUAAAAAUGAACGUCCCAUGUAUUAUAGAAAUGGGAAGAUAUUGAUUUGAUCUAAAAUAUUUGAUUGAGAGGUUUCUAACA